UGGCCUUGGGAUAUCGAGGAAAGACGCAUCCUGCUCUUUUCAGAAUUCAGGGAAGCGUUCUCCCUGUUCGACAAAGGUGGGCCCAAGUUUAACGCCGAGAAAUGGGAACCGGACGUCUUCCAUUCCCUCCAGAUGAUGAUGGAGCCAUAACUGCGGGCGAAUUGGGCUCGGUUAUGCGUUCAUUGGGUCUGAACCCAACAGAGGCCGAACUCCUUGCCAUGAUUAGGGAAGCGGAUGUCGACUCAAACAAGACGAUCGAUUUCCUUGAAUUCCUGGGGAUGAUGGCAAGCAAAAUGAAGGAUAUAGACAGCGAGAGCGAGGCUAGGAAGGCGUUCGAGGUAUUCGCUGGAAUGCCCGACAAGAACUACUUCACAGCUGCAGAACUUAAAAAGGUUGCCUCCUGCUUCGGUGAGUUUAUACCAAGCUACAAUAUGCACGUUGAUGUUCGAGAUCGACAGGGGAGGAAUUAUCUGACCCUGAAGUCAAAGAAAUGAUCCUAGAAGCCGAUGUGGAUGAUAACAACAAGAUUACCUACGACGGUGAGCAUGCAUCAAGUCCCAGCCAGGAGAUUCUGCCAGGCGCUUAUCAGACAAAUACGGCCAUGCUGUAGAGUUCCUUAAGAUAGUGUUGACGAGGUAGAUCACACCCGCAUCGUAGGUUAAAAAGUCUA